AUGAGCUCCAGCCGCUUCGGUGACGCUCCUCUCAUCAAGUUGGGUAGCGACUUCAAGAAGGUCUCUGACUUCCAGAAGCACAUCCCCUCUAUCCCUAAGAUCAUCGAGUUGGACCACCUUACCAUCACUGGUGCCGUCAACCUCGGCCGUGGCGUCACACUCAAGGGUACCGUCAUCAUUGUUGCGACGGAAGGCAGCACUAUUGAUGUGCCUCCUGGAUCCAUCCUCGAGAACGUCGUUGUGCAGGGUAGCUUGCGCCUGCUUGAGCACUAA